AUGUUCCACCAGCUCACAGACCCUGCAGCGAACGGGAGCUGCGCGGGACUCGGGGGUUCAUCGUGCAACAGGAGCGUGACCGGAGACGCGCUCCAGUUGCCCACCUUCUCCACGGCGGCCAAAGCGCGGGUCAUCAUCACUUUCGCCCUGUGCGCCGUGUCCGCGGUGUGUAACCUGCUGGUCCUGUGGGCGGCUAAUAACGGGAGCAAGCCCAAGUCCCACGUGCGGAUCCUGAUCAUGAACCUGACAGUGGCGGACCUGCUCGUGACCUUUAUCGUGAUGCCUUUGGACGCGGUUUGGAACAUCACAGUGCAGUGGCAAGCCGGGGACUUCGCAUGCCGGCUGCUGAUGUUUUUGAAGCUAGUGGCCAUGUACUCGUGCGCUUUCGUCACGGUGGUCAUCAGUCUGGACCGGCAGUCGGCCAUCCUCAACCCCCUGGGCAUCAGCGAGGCCAAGCGGAAGAGCAAAAUCAUGUUGACCGUGGCGUGGACGACAAGCGUGGUCCUGUCUCUCCCACAGAUGUUUAUCUUCCACGCCGUGACCAUCACUGUGCCAGAGCACUUCACCCAGUGCACCACCCAUGGGAGCUUCGUGUGGCGCUGGCAGGAGACACUCUACAACCUGUUCACCUUUGCCUGCCUCUUCCUCCUGCCCCUCAUUAUCAUGAUCUGCUGCUACACACGCAUCCUGGCCCAGAUCUCCAGCCGCAUGAAUAACUUGCUGUCACGUGACGUGCACCUGCGCCGCUCACACAACAACAUCCCUCGUGCUCGCAUGAGGACUCUGAAGAUGAGCAUCGUCAUCGUCAGCUCCUUCAUCGUGUGCUGGACGCCUUACUACUUGUUGGGCCUGUGGUACUGGCUGUACCCGGAGGACAUGGAGGAGACGGUCUCACACUCCCUCACCCACAUGCUCUUCAUCUUUGGUCUGUUCAACGCCUGCCUGGACCCCAUCACGUAUGGACUGUUCACCAUGCGUUUGCGCCACGGUCUGAGUCGGUGCUGCCUGGGCGCGCACAGGAGCUCUGAGGCAGAGAACCACACUUGCUUUGUGCGCAUGACGCGGCUCUCGUCACACAAGAAAACUUCCCCCAGCCUGCACUCGGACGCAGAGAGGAGCGACAGUCUUCGCAGCGCGCACACGUCCAUCAUGCCCAUGAGCCGGAUCUGA